AUGCCGCCCCACCAACGGGCCGAUGACGGGUUCCCCGCUCCUUCCAUGCAACCCAUAUCAGUCGACUUCAUCGAGAAUCGAUAUGCGGGAUUUCGCAACACCGAAGGAGAGUUGUCAUGUAAAUUCGAUCACAGCCUUCAACAGUUUGUGACUCCCCCGUUUGCAGCUAGCGGGGUAGCACUCGAAGACUACGAGGCGGAAUUGAGGGACAGCAAGCUGAGAGUCGUCGCAACCACGCAAAGCUUCGAGACCGCUCUCUCAUCUCUGAAGAGAAAGAAAGCCAAGGACAAGAAAAUCGCCAGCUUUGAUCUUGACUCUUUUCACGACUGGAAAGAGGCUAUGACCGAGCAUGCAGCCGUCCGCGAACGGAUGGCUGAGUUGUUGCGAGAGGUGCCUGAUGUCGUGAAUCAGUGCGAGCAAUACCAGACGCUCUAUCCCGGACAGAACACCAUACAGUUGUGCAUUAACGAUAUUUACCACAAUCUUCUCGUAGCCCUAGAAGCGAUAGUGGAAUGGUACAAACAAUCCGCAUGGAGUAAGUGGGCUACUUUACGGCCAAGAUCCUCUGUUUGGAGCCUGAACCGUGUACUGAUAGUGUUAGAACACGCCACGGACAGUGUCUUAAGAAACAACAACUACGGAAAAACCAUCGAUCAAUGUCUCCAAAACAUUCGCCAGUCAAAGAGUCGCUUCACAGAAGAGACCCAAGUGUACUUGGCUUAUUAUCAACAAGCUACAUUCCAAGGAACACGCAAACUCAACGCUCAGUCCCAUGAGAUCAACUCGAACGUUCUUAGCCUGGGUGGACGCGUUGCACAAGCCGAAAUAAAUCUCCAACAUGUGGUGAAUGCCGGCAUAAAUGGGCUUAUGGGUCAUCUUGACGACACGAUCAAGAAUGCUGACUGGCAGGGCAAUGUAGAGAAACUUGCACGGAACUGGAUGGCGCAGCAGUUGAACGCCGAAAAUGACAAGCGAAGGAUAAUGGAACUCGAAGAGCAAGUCGCCAAGACAUCCAUCACUCCGAAGCGUCUCAUGGAAGAGCUACACCUGAAACCCAAGAAGCAUACACAUGUACAUGAAGCUUCCGUGGUGCUCAAAGAUGGACUGAACAGCUCGACAAAGUUCCAAGAACGCGCUGGCUGGGUAGGUAGCAAUAGCCGAUUCCAAGCCUGGCUGGGAGGAAAGAACAAGUCCCAAAUGCUGUGCGUCCAGGACCGUGGCGAUUCCGACAGGACAUCACCACUGAGCUUCCUCAUAUCACUUCUCCACGAGAGGCUCGUGACAGCACCGCGCACCCUGGUCCUCCCUUUCUUUUGUGGAAGAAGCAAAACAGACGACGGACCCGCAAUCAUGCCCAGGGCGCUAGUCGUCCAGCUCCUCGAUGUUUGCAAGACUUAUGGGUACACUGGCGAGAAAGGUCAACCCAUCCUCUCAUUUCUUGGACACGAAGAAAGGAUGCAGUUGAACGAGCAGGACUGCGUGGCGUACACGAAAGUGCUCACGCAACUGCUACGAGAAUUGCGAAAGAAGUAUGAUGCAAUCUUCAUUUUGAUCGACGGUGUUGACUUCUACGAUUCGGAUUUCGAGGAAGAGAUUGAUGAUUUUGUUAAGAGCAUGAAGAAGCUGAUCAAAUCGCUCAACAAGCCAGAUGACGAGGCGCUUGGUGGUGUUGUAAGGGUGCUCUUGACAACAGCCACAUGGUCGAGCCGCUUCGAUUCUCCUGCGAAGCCACUGGUUGUAAUUGAUGUGCCGGAGUAUAUAGAGGGGUCGAUGGACGGGUUCGAGAGGUUCACGUAG